AAGAGGGGGUGGGGUGGGGGAAGACAGUGGCGGAGGGAAAUCCCGAGUAUUCUGUUUGCGCGCUCCGAAGUUUAACCUAAAAAAUGGGAGCCCCAAUCUCGAGGCAUGCUUAGAGGAUACACAUGCUCAUUUUGUAUGUGGCGUAAAAUAUAAAUUAUGUUCGAGAGAGUCGUCUCGCGCGGCGCGAUUUACACGCGAGAAUGUCUCAGAAAUCGCAGCGAGAACGCACGUCGGUAUUAUUUUUCGCGUGCGAUUUAGAGCGGUGAUGACUAAGAGAGAUCAAUUUAUGGCUCAAAUUGGAGUUUCGUUGUAGCAAAAUCAACUGGAAGUGACGGUUCAACUGCGGUUUCUAAGACUAUCGGUGUUUGGAUAUUGGAGCGAAUAAUUAUGAGCUACUUUACUACGCUCCUGUUUAGACAAUGCUCAACUCUAAACAGACGCUUGAUAGAGCAAUGUUUGAGGCAAUGUUUGAGGCAAUAUCGGACGUGUCAAACCAGACUUUAUGUCGUAGCAACCGAGAAUCGUUUUAAACAUUAUGUUGGUGCGAAAGAACGGUGUAUUCAUAGGAAGACAUUGCGAACGCGUUUAUUGCAAGAUCUCAAACAAACAAGGAAGAAGGUGGAAGAGAUCAUCGAAAGGGAAAAUAUCUGGACUGUGCCAAAUCUGCUAUGCAUGGGUCGGAUUGUGACAUCGCCAUUCUUAAGUUAUUUGAUCCUGUCACACGAUUAUCAGAUAGCGUUGUGCCUGCUUGCAUUCGCAGGAGUCAGUGAUCUAGCUGAUGGAUGGAUCGCGCGUACUUGGACGUCGCAAGCUUCCAAACUUGGCAGCUUUCUGGAUCCUGUUGCGGAUAAGUUACUCGUUGGGACAUUGUUCCUUUCUCUGGCGUGGGUCGGUUUAAUACCAAUACCGCUCACUUGCCUUGUGGUCGUGCGUGAUGUUGCUCUGGUAACUGCUGCGUCGUAUAUCAGAUAUCGUUCCUUACCUCCACCGAAAACAUUAGCAAGGUACUUUGACCCUACACACGCCACUGUGCAAUUAGCGCCAACAUUAAUAAGCAAGCUGAACACAGGAAUGCAAUUGACCCUGGUUGCUGGCACACUGGCUGCUCCAAUUUUCCAUUUUGUAGACCACCCGAUAUUACAAGGUCUGUGCUACUUGACAGCACUUACAACAAUCGCAGGGGGUGUCAGUUAUUUGUUGUCAAAGGACACCUAUAAAUACUUGAGGAAAAGGAAGACACGGACGUCACCUUAAAGUUAAACUGCAUGUUAUUGAUAUACAAGAUAUCUCGUAUAUAUUGAAGAAUUGAUUUCUGUCAUUCAGAAAGUUGACCAUAGUUGACCAUAGUUUUUUUAGGCUUGUAUAAUCGUCAGUGACGCUUGUAAUAUCGUUCGUUAAAAGUUGACGGACCAAGUUCGUCGAAAACGAUGCGAAAAACUUUUAACCUAUUCUAUAUUUGGGACUUAUUUUCCUAAUGAGAGAUUACCAUUUUACAGUAUCACGAAUUACGAGAUAUCUUGUAUGUGUAUAUAAUAGAUAAAUAUAACUUAUAUACAAAUUUAUUAUUUGUAUUAUGCAAUGUAGCUCACUUUUUGUACAAUUACAUCUACCAUUAUAUACUCCGUG